AUGUGUGGUAAAACAUGUCUUUUAUUUGCAUUUAAAGAUGAUCGAUUCAUUCCAACUCAUGAUGCUACUAUCUUUGAUACAUAUGUUGCCGACAUUCAAGUCGAUGGAAAAACUAUUGACUUGGCUCUAUUUGAUACAGCUGGCCAAGAAGAUUUCGAUCGUCUUCGUCCACUUUCGUAUCCUGAUACGAGUGUUAUAUUGAUAUGUUUUAGUGUUGAUUGUCCUGUAUCAGCAACCAGCGUCAUUGAAAAAUGGAUGCCUGAAGUACGACAUUUUUGUGGACAAUGCCCGGUAAUAUUAGUUGCUUGUAAAAAAGAUUUGAGAACAAAUACUGAAACAGUUGAAAAAUUAAAAUUAGAUGGAGAAAAACCGGUGUCAACUGAUGUUGGUCAACAAAUAGCUUCGCAAAUCAAGGCUGAUGCUUAUAUGGAAUGUUCAGCUAAAACUCGUGAUGGUGUACAAGAAUUAUUUGUAUAUGCUGCUCGUUUAUCACUUAAAGGUAGAUCUAAAAAGAAACACUUAUGUAAUUUAUUUUAA